AUGGCUGAUUUCCUACUUUUCGAGGGCCCUAUGGGUUACUCGCUUUUCAAGGUCGCCCACCAGGGUGACACUGUCGGCAAUGGUUUGAAGGAAGUCCAGGCCGGCAUCAAUGACCUUGCCAAGUUCGGCAAGAUGGUUGAGCUUUCUAGUUUCCUCCCCUUCGAGAACAACAAGCAGGCUCUUGGUGAGAUCAACGAUGUCUCUGAAGGUGUCGCAUCCGAGACUUUGAUCUCUUUCCUUGAAUUAAACCUCCCCAAGCCGAACAAGAAGAAGAAGGUGGUCCUGGGUCUUGCCGACAAGGCUCUGGCGGGAAGCAUCAAGUCCGCUUUCUCUUUCGUGGAAUGUGAGACUGGUGACACCAGCGAGGUCGUUCAAGACCUUCUCCGUGGUAUCCGUCUCCAUGCUGGCAAGCUUCUGAAGCAGCUGCGCGAGGGUGACAUGGACACUGCCCAGCUCGGUCUUGGUCACGCCUACUCCCGUGCCAAGGUGAAGUUCUCCGUUCAGCGUGAUGACAACCACAUCAUUCAGGCCAUCGCCAUUCUCGACCAGCUCGACAAGGCCAUCAACACUUUCUCCAUGCGCGUUCGCGAGUGGUACUCUUGGCACUUCCCCGAGCUCGUCAAGAUUGUCUCUGACAACCAGCGCUACGCCGAGCUCGCCCUGUUCAUCAGGGACAAGAACAACCUGUCUGAUGAACGCCUGCACGAUAUCGCCGCCCUUGUUGAGGAUGAUGAGGGUGUUGCCCAGAGCAUCAUCGAUGCCGCCAAGCACAGCAUGGGUCAAGAGAUCUCCGAGGCCGAUAUGGAGAAUGUCAUCUCCUUCGCCGAGCGCGUUGUCAAGCUCGCCAAGUACCGCAAGUCUCUUUACUCUUACCUGGUCGCCAAGAUGAGUGUCGUUGCGCCCAACCUUGCCGCCCUUAUCGGUGAGGUCGUUGGUGCCCGUCUCAUUUCCCACGCCGGUAGCUUGACCAACUUGUCCAAGUACCCUGCCUCCACUGUUCAGAUUCUUGGUGCCGAGAAGGCCCUUUUCCGUGCUUUGAAGACUAAGGGAAAUACCCCCAAGUACGGUCUGUUGUACCACUCUUCCUUCAUUGGCAGAGCUGGCCCCAAGAACAAGGGCAGAAUCUCGCGUUUCCUUGCCAACAAGUGCUCUAUUGCUUCUCGUAUCGACAACUUCUCCGAGACCCCCUCAACCAAGUUUGGUGAGGCUCUCAAGAGCCAAGUCGAGGAGCGCUUGGAAUUCUACACCUCCGGCGCUGCCCCUACCAAGAACGAGGUUGCUAUGAAAUCCGCAAUGGAUGCCGUUCUGGCCGAACUCGACGAUGUUGAUGGCGACAAGAGCGAUGCCGAGAUGGAAGACGUCGAAGUCGCCGAGGCUAAGAAGGAGAAGAAGGAGAAGAAGGAAAAGAAGGAGAAGAAGGAAAAGAAGGAAAAGAAGGAAAAGAGAAAGUCCGAUGUCGGUCAGGAUGUACCUGACAAGAAGAAGAAGCGCAAGCACGACACGGACGCCGAGCCCUCCAAGAAGAAGCAAAAGGCCUAG